AUGUCGUUGCGCCAAAGGGUGGCUGGCUUCGGCCCGCCGCCCACGAUGAAGUCCGGGGUGCGAACCACGACGCCUCUGUCGGCGUUGCCCAGGUUGUCGUUGAGCCGGCCCGUGACGUCUAUCUGCAUGCUCCAGCCCGCCCGCAACCCGCCCGGCAGGGUGCUGUUCGGCAAGGCGCAGGGCACACCGCGCACCCCUCCCGCCUCGGCCGAUCCGGCGGCCACCAGUGAGCCCGCGAGCAGCGCGCGCAUCGCCGCCAUCGGACGGCGCGCGGGACCUCUCGAGGGCCCUAGGACUGGCGCAGGGGCCCAGAGGAAGUGCUGA